AGCAAUUACUUUGUGAAUGAGAGAUCAGGGUAUUAUUGAAACAGAACGGCAUUUGAACGAAAUCAUUUCGUAACACCUAUAGAGCAAUCAAGUUUGAACAAAAUGUACAAUUUUACGACACGUUUUAUGUUACCUAUUUAUGCGUCAGAAGGCAAACAUGUACAAACCUCGGGUCAUAUCAUGAUGAUGGCGAUAAUGUUCACACUAGUUUCGUUCGUUUAUUUAAAUUUUGUUCCUUAUAUCGACCCUACGAAUGUUAAGCAAACCUCACUCCAAGUAUUACAACGUCAAAACAAAAGCGAUACAAACAUCAGAGUCUUCGAGGGCCGUGACGUGACUGACGGAGAGUACCCAUAUGUUAUUGUAUUGAUAAUAAGUGAUAAUGAUUUUACUAAGUACCAGAGAGUCUGUACAGGUUCCAUGAUCAAGGAGACCUGGGGGCUCACUGCUGCACAUUGCUUUAAAUACUCCAAGAAGCGAAAAUAUUCCGUUUUCUACGAUAACUUUACAGAGUCACCAAUGAACACAGGUAUCUACGUCCCUGUCAUAAAAAUGAUCGUACAUCCCGCGUAUCUAAGUUCUCCCAUUAAAGAAGCAAAUAAUGAUGUUGGUCUGUUUCGAUCAGAAAACGUUCCGAAGAAGUCGUACGCAGUUUUAUUAGCAGCGGAGUACUCGACCUUGGUUGGGCUGCCAGUGGUGUAUGUAGGCGGAGGCGACACCAAAAUGUUGCACAGUUAUAAAGAUGAAACCAGACCGCUUCAGCUCGGCGAAGCCACCAUUAUUCACUGUGAUAAAGAAAUUAUACAAAUUCAUAGAAUUAUUAUCUGCCUCGCCCCGAAAUGCUCGAACAGGCUGGAGAUACCGUGGCACGGAGACUCUGGGGGGCCGCUCAUAUUUGAUGGGAAGAUCAUCGGAGUAUUUUCGUUUAGCUCUAAGAAAAAGAUUACGCAAAUAGGCUAUACCCCAGUCAGCCCAUUCACAGACUGGAUACAUUACGUGGUGAAUGACAAGGAACCGUAAGAUUAUAUUUCAAGAAAAGUAUUUUGCACGGCUAACCGAAUGGUUUAGGUCACCAUACUACAGGUGUGCGCCCUGUGUGUGGUCGUACCCUGCGUAGGACAAGUGUUUGUGAUAUCCACGGACUUUUAUCCUAAGUCUGGCUGUCUUAGUUCAUGUAACGUAAAAGUUUGCUAAA